UAGAAUUGCCAAUCUAAUUAGAAACUCUUUUACUUUGCAUAACCUUUUUCUCUCUUCUCUCGUUUUUUCUCUUCUUUAAUUCAUCGCUAUUCUUCUCUUUCUCACAACAACAAUGAGUGGAAUGAAUAAAAAAAAAUCACCGAAUCUUGAACAACUUCGUAUGGAACUAAAAACUAGAAGAUACAGAAGACAUAACCCAUAUACAAGACCCCAAACCCUAAACCCGCCAACAAAACCGAAUUCUUCCCGCUCAAGUUUCACCUCUUCAACUUCUCUCCCUCGCUCUUUUCCUAACAGAAAGCAUCAUCAACCACCACCGCCACCACCAAAACCUCCCGUGGCACGCAAGCAGCGAUGUACCAAUUGCCGGACUUGCUUCUCCGCACCACCUGGAGUGGUGCAGUUACCUUGUCCUAUAUGUCAAAUCGCGUCGUCUGCGGUGAAAAUCCAGUGUUUCCACUGUAAGGCGCUUGUGAAAGGACCGAGUGAUUUGGUGCAGUUUCCGUGUCCGCUGUGUUUUGUUAUUCUUGAUGUUGGUGAUGCUGAUCGUAAACAAGAAGAAGAAGUUAACGAGCUGGUUGAAGAAGUGGAGCAGGAAGAAGGUGAUGGAGGUGUCGCCGGAGAAACAUUUACAGAUUAUCGACCAUCCAAGCUAUCUAUCGGACCUCCACACCCAGAUCCAAUUGUAGAGACAUCUUCUUUGUCUGCAGUGCAGCCACCCGAGCCUACUUAUGACCCAAUGAUUAAGAAUGAUUUGGAACGUUCAAAGGCUUUGUCAUGCUUGCAGAUUGAGACAUUGGUCUAUGCUUGUCAGAGACACCUUCAACACAUUCCCAGUGGUGCUAGGGCAGGAUUCUUUCUUGGAGAUGGAGCUGGUGUAGGUAAAGGUCGAACAGUUGCUGGGAUAAUCUGGGAGAACUGGCACCAUGGAAGGAGAAAAGCCCUGUGGAUUUCUGUUGGUUCAGACUUGAAGUUUGAUGCGAGAAGAGAUUUGGAUGAUAUGGGUGCAAGUUGCAUUGCAGUGCAUGCUUUGAAUAAACUGCCUUAUGUUAAGCUUGAUUCGAAGUCUGUUGGAGUUAAGGAGGGAGUUAUUUUCUCGACGUACAGUAGCCUCAUAGCAUCAUCUGACAGAGGUCGUACCCGUAUGCAACAGCUUGUGCAGUGGUGUGGACCCGAGUUUGACGGUCUUAUAAUUUUUGAUGAGUGUCAUAAAGCAAAAAAUUUGGUUCCAGAAAAGGAUAAGAAUCCAACGAAAACUGGUCAAGCAGUACUUGCUAUACAGGCUCAACUACCUGAAGCUCGGAUUGUCUAUUGCUCAGCUACCGGUGCAUCUGAACCUCGCAAUAUGGCUUAUAUGGUUCGACUUGGUCUUUGGGGAGCUGGGACUUGUUUCCCUGAUUUUAGUGAUUUUCUAGGUGCUCUUGAGAAAGGGGGUGUUGGAGCUCUAGAACUAGUUGCAAUGGACAUGAAAGCAAGAGGGAUGUAUUUAUGUCGCACGCUUAGCUACAAGGGUGCUGAGUUUGAAAUUGUUGACGCGUCAUUAGAUGAUAGAAUGACGCAUGCAUAUAAAAAGGCUACAGAAGUUUGGGUGGAUUUGCAUGAGGAGUUGCUGUCUGCCAUUGAUUUAUGUGCACAAGUAUCCACCAACAAUAUUAAUACUAGAAAAAUAUGGGCAUUAUAUUGGGCAAGCCACCAGAGAUUCUUCAGACACUUGUGUAUGUCUGCUAAAGUCCCUACUGUAGUGAGACUUGUGAAGCAAGCAUUAAUGGAAGACAAGUGUGUAGUCAUAGGUCUGCAGAGUACAGGGGAAGCAAGGACAGAGGAUGCUGUUACAAAAUAUGGCUCUGAACUUGAUGACUUUAUUUCUGGACCUCGUGAGUUGCUGCUAAAAUUUGUUGAAGACAAUUUCCCGUUGCCAAAAAAGCCCGAAAUUCUCCAUGCAGACGACGGUGUAAAGGAGCUUCAAAGGAAGAGGCACUUGGCAAGUCGUGACGUUUCAGGAAAAUCUAGAGUCAAAAAAGUAGCCAAGUGUCAGCCUCCUAGUGAUGCUGAAAGUGAUGAAGAAUCUAAAAUUGUCUCUGGUCUUGAAUCUUCCGACCCUGAUUAUGAGUUUCCGAAAUAUGAAAUUAAAGAGGAAAUGGAAAACUUGUUGCAGUGUUCCCUCUGUGGAAAAUACGCUCAUCAAUCAUUCGUUCCCCCAAUUGGUGAUUUUGUUCUUGAGAAAUGGGCUUGUGAUUUGUGCAAGGAUAAAAGUGACAAAUAUCUCCUUCCUGGACCAAACAUAAUUGAACUCCAUAAGAGUUAUGACACAGCCAUGCAGUCUAGGCACAAAAUAUUAGAGAGGAUUUGUGCUUUGGAUCUUCCAAAAAAUCCGUUGGAUGAUAUUAUUGACCAGUUAGGAGGCCAUGACAAAGUUGCAGAAAUUACUGGAAGGAAAGGAAUGCUUGUGAGGGCCCCUAGUGGAACGGGUGUGUUUUAUCAGACUCGAUAUUCAAAAGAUGUCACUGCCGACAUGGUCAACAUGAAUGAAAAAAAGCUCUUUAUGGAAGGUACGAAGUUAGUGGCUAUCAUCUCUGAAGCAGGAUCAGCUGGCGUUUCGUUACAGGCUGACCGAAGAGUAAAAAAUCAGAAAAGAAGGGUUCACUUGACUCUUGAACUUCCAUGGAGUGCCGACCGAGCAAUUCAACAGUUUGGAAGAACUCAUAGAUCAAAUCAAGUCUCAGCACCAGAAUACAGGUUAUUAUUUUCGAACCUUGGUGGAGAACGCCGGUUUGCAUCAGCUGUUGCAAAGAGAUUGGAAUCCCUUGGAGCUUUGACUCAGGGAGAUCGUAGGGCUGGACCUUCGUUAAAUGCAUAUAAUUAUGAUAGCGAGUAUGGGAAGAGGGCUCUAGAGCUUUUAUACGGUGGAAUACUAGGAAAGGAUCCUCUUCCUGUUGUACCUCCAGGAUGCUUAUCUGACAGACCAGAUACAAUCAAAGAUUUUAUUAUGCAGGCAAAAGCUGCUCUUGUUUCUGUUAAUAUUUUUAAGGACGACGGUCUUGGAGGUGAUAUGGAUUGCAGCAUGGAUGAUAAAUAUAAACGCAAUAUUCGUCGAUUUCUUAACCGGCUUUUGGGAAUAGCUCCUGAGAUUCAGAAUAGGCUUUUUGAGUUAUUUGUGAAUAUUUUGGAUCUUCUUGUUCACAAAGCUCGCAUUGAAGGUAACUUUGACACCGGCAUUGUUGACUUGAAAGCUACCGUCAUUGAACUGCAAGGGAAUCCAAAGACAGUCUAUGUUGAUCAAAUGAGCGGGGCUUCAGCUGAUCUGUUCACAUUCACCUUGGAUCGUGGGGUUUCGUGGGAGUUGGCAAAUACAAUGCUCAAUGAGAAGCAGAAGGCUGGAUUUUGUUCAGAUGGUGACGGCUUCUAUAAGUCUAACAGGGAGUGGUUGGGAAGACAUCAUUUUAUUUUAGCAUUUGAAAGUUCUGCUCCAUCUAUGUGUAAGAUAGUUCGUCCCACUACCGGAGAAUCAACUCGGGAUAUGAAUCUGGCAGAAUUAACUUUAAAAUAUUCAAAAGUUUCAUCUUUGAAGGAGGCCCAAAUUGGUUGGGAAAACGAAUAUGAAGUUUCAUCUAAACAGUGCAUGCAUGGUCCUAAUUGUAAGAAAGGCAAGUUAUGUUCAGUUGGCUCAAGACUUCAGCAAGUAAAUGUCUUAGGUGGUGUCAUUUUUCCUAUUUGGGGAAACGUAUUAAAGGCGAUUUCUAAGAAGUCCCAACAAAUUCUUAAGAGGCUACGCGUUGUUCGUGUGGAAACUACAUCAGAUAACAGCAGACGUAUCGUAGGGCUUUUUGUCCCUAAAGAAGCAGUUGACACUGUACUUCAAGAUUUACAAUUUGUUAUAGUACUGGAUGAUUGACCUGAGGCACCCGGCGUCUCCCUUUCGUGAAGAUCACUAGCACUUUGUUUUAUGUAAAGGCUUAAGUUUGUUGAUAGAUUUGCGGAAAGGAAAGAUCAUGUGCUCAUUGAGAUGCAACACAAUUGUGCAAUCUCCAUUUCAAUUUUUUGAUUAUAUCAUCCAGUUCUGUUUAUAAUUCAAAGUUGUAUAUCUUUAUGGGUGAUCUUGACAUAGGGAAAUACUAUAGAUGGCUUACCUUUCACAUGAUACAUGAACUCUGUUGUUCACAUGUUACACGUUAUUAAUUUUUUGUUUGAAAAAUCAUAUGCUACAUAUUUCUUUUUUGUAACACUUAUUGUCUCAAACUCAUAAAAGUACUUGCAAACAAACAUAAGUUGUAUCACUAUCAUAAAAGGAGCAUCAACAUUGUGGUCACUACAAUAG